GCACUUGUAGAACGUGGUCAUGGGCUCGUCGGCCGAGCGAGUCUGGAUCUGCAUGAAGUAGGCGCGGGGGUGCUCGCACUUGGGGCACGGCUCUGCGGGGAAAACGCCGUGAGGGGCCGGCAGGGCAGCCCGAGCCCCGGCGGGCCCUCGGCCCGGCCCUACCUGCCGUGGAGUCCACGUUCUCCCAGGCCGCGGCGCCGCCCAGCACAUCGUCCACCUCCUUCAGCCGCGGGUGGUGCAGGCGAAGCGGUGGCAGCGCGGCCCCUCCUCGGCCACCAGCACGUUCCCGCAGGCCGGGCAGAAGAGCAGCAUCGCCGGUUCCGCCGCGCCGCCCGCCCCUUCCGGCGAUGGCGGCCGAGGAGCCGGCGGAGGAGCCGCCCGAGGAGCUGGCGCACGCCGAGGUGCUGGAGCUGUUCCAGGCGGCGCUGGCGCGGCUGGUGCAGGACCCGCUGCUCUGCGACCUCCCCCCGCAGGUGACGGCGGAGGAGAUCGGCUCGCAGGUGGCCCUGGAGUACGGGCAGGCCAUGACGGUGCGGGUGUGCAAGGCGGACGGCGAGACCGUGCCCGUGGUGGUGGUGCAGAACGCCUCGGUGCUGGAGCUGAAGAAGGCGCUGCGGCGGCACAUCCAGCUGAGGCAGGCCCGGCAGGGAGGUGUCCAGCACCUCAGCUGGAAGUACAUAUGGAGGACGUACCACCUAACCUACAAUGGAGAGAAGCUGGCGGAUGACAGGAAGAAGCUGAGAGAGUAUGGCAUCAGGAACCGGGAUGAGGUCAGCUUCAUAAAGAAGCUUCGGAAGUAACCUGUGGGAGAGAGCAGAUAAUCCAGCCCUACCAAGACCAGACUGUGGAUUCAGCACCUUCCUGGAGGAAAAGGUUGUUAAACUUCAAAGAGGAACAAACUCCAUUGACUGGACAUUCUCAC